AUGAUAGAUUUGCAAUGUGAGAAUGCACGUUUAUCACAAAGAAUUGAAACGCUUGAGAAAAGGAACUUGCAACGCGAGAAUGCUGUUUGCAACGACUUGAAGAGUUUGAGAGAAAGCACUGCUAGGCUCAAGGACAACAAUCCAAGCGUUGAUGGUGCUGACUUUAAUGAUGCAAUAAGAGAGAUUGACAUUGCUGAAUUUAGCGUUGUCGAAAUUUCCAGCCAUAAAGAUGGCAUAAAUAAGGCUAAGGCUGCUGGAAAGUUGACCAAGUUAUUCCCACGUAAUGUUGCUGCUCAAACCCGAGGAAAGUUUCCCGAUGGUGUUCAAAUUGCUACAUCAUGCUUAGAAGAUAAUGCCAGCUUGAAGGAAAAGGCAACGUAUGAACCUUUAAGCGUUGGAAUUCAUACUUGUCAAACUAAUUAUAGUGAUCCAAAAACAAGUGUCUUGAUCAGGGAAGCUGGACCAAUAGGGAUCUUCCAAGUGAUGGCUGAUGCAACUUUGAGAAUUCUUGAUGUGAAAUGUGUCGAGGCCCCAACCUGCAUGGGUAAUGGACACAAUCAAUGGGAUCCAGCAGAAGCUGUUUUGUUUUGCAGUAGAGCAAUAUCAAAUUAUGUUUCAAUAGUUGAAGUUGACCCAAUGCCCAAGAUUAGGACUUUGCUUCUGGAACGUCCUCAUGAGCCCUAA